AUGACAGGGGAAACAUUCUCCGCAGUUAGAAGCCUUACUAUAAAGCUUCUUCCCCCUAUCACUCUUUUUCUCUUCCAAUUGCUAAUCCCUGUCGUAACCAACAAUGGACACUGCACAAACUUGAACAAAUACUUAACCGCUGCUCUCCUUGUCAUUUGCGUCUUCGGCUGUGUCUUCGCUUUCUUCACCGACAGUUACAUCAGCCCUGACGGUGAGAGGCAUUAUGCCGUCGUCACGGCCAAGGGACUGUGGCCUUCUCCGGCGUCGGAGUCCGUUGACUCGUCGGUGUAUAGGCUCCGGUUUGGAGACUUGAUUCAUGCUUCUCUUGGGUUGAUGGUUUUUGCUGUGGGGUUACUUGGCACCAACACCGUGCGUUGUUUCUUCCCCGGAUUUGAUUCUGACGACAAGAUUCUAUUGCAGGUGCUGCCCCCUGUCUUUGGGGCAAUUGCUAGUGUUGUGUUACUCGUGUUCCCUAAUUAUCGCCACCAUUGA